AAUUGGGGCACCCAAGGAUCAGUACUUCACUAUUUUGCCUAUCCUGCAUUUGGGCCGCAACCUUGCCGUCGACCGCUUAACACAAUUCCUUACGGCACUAUCAGCGUAGGCGCAAUCUUACGGUGGGUAUAACCUAUACCUGUUCUUAUUGAAGUGCUUGCCGUCGGACACGGCGCUAGCUUAGAAGACCGUCUCGACCGAAAUUGCGGUCGACAUGAGUUCGCGCCAGCUCUUGGGCGGCCCACAACGCGGCACAAGCCCUUGGCUGCACUCCACAACAACUGGAGUUCCUACCGUACGGCUGCAAUUACCCCAACACGGACGUCAAACACCCUUUAGCGGCAGUAACACCAGGCAUGGCGAUGAUUUUAGCGGCAGCUAUCCCUUGAGCAAGGCGAGCAGCCCCCGUCAAGCAGUAGUCGUGCGGGCCGUGGAAGAGGCACUUCCCGAGCUCAAGCCCAGACGCAUCCCGGUCAGGGGCGACCCAGAUGCUAUUCCGGAGGCUCACAAGGUGUUUGAUGAGGCGGUCAUUGUAGUCAAGAGUGGUCGCGGCGGCAAUGGCGAGGUGGUCCCCGCGGGUCAGGGUCGCUGGGUCACCAACCUCAAGUACCAGCCGGGGCGCAGCAUGCGCAAGCAGAUAUGGCUGCCCGCAAGCGAGCCGGGUGACGGGGCCGACGGGGGCGAUGUGGUGCUCGUGUGCGACCCCGCGCUGGACUCCCUGCUGCACCUGCAACAGCCACAACCGAACAAGAAGGGGAACGCCGGCGGAGGCGGUGGAGGCGGCAAGGCAGGCGGCAAGGCAGGCGGCAAGGCAGGUGGCAAGGCAGGUGGCAAGGCAGGUGGCAGGCGCAGUGCCAGCGAGGCGGCCAUGUUUUGUGCGCCCGACGGCUCCAACGCCAACCCCAACACAGGCAGUGGGGGACCCAAGAGGAACGCAGAGAUCAAGAAGGCGCGCACCCCCUGCCUCGAGAUCCCGGUGCCCCCCGGCACGGUGGUGAAGCGGCGGGGCAGCGGCGCACUGAUAGGGGAGCUGCUGCAGCCGGGUCAGCGUCUGACGGUGGCUCGCGGCGGUGCGGGCGGGCGGGGAGUGGUGGCACCCUCUCGGGAGCAGCGCAGGGACAGGAUGAGCCGGGCGGAGCGGGAGGCGAAGGCCAAGGGUGUGGAGGUGGUGGAGGUGGAGGACGCGGGUUGGCGCUCCGACAGUCGGGGGCAGGCGGGGCAGCAGCUGGGGCUGAGCCUGCUGCUGCGGGUGGUGGCGGAUGUUGGUCUGGUGGGAUUCCCAAAUGCGGGGAAGAGCUCGCUGCUAAAGUCCCUGACCCGCGCCUCCCCCACCAUCGCGCCCUACCCCUUCACCACCCUCACCCCCAACCUGGGGGUCAUGAGUGCGGGAGGGGGGGCGGCCAAGGCAGUGCUGGCGGACCUGCCUGGGCUGAUUGAGGGCGCGCACAAGGGUCGGGGCCUGGGUCGCAACUUUCUGCGUCACCUGCGCCGCACUCGCGCGCUGCUACACGUGGUGGAUGCGGCGGCAGCGGACCCGGCCACGGACUACUACGCAGUCCGUGAGGAACUGCGCAUGUACAACCCCGCCUACUGCGCCCGACCCCACGUGGUGGCGCUCAACAAGACCGACCUGCUGGGGGUGAUGGCGGCGGUGGGGAGCGGCAGCAGCAGGGGCAGUGGGGGCAGCAGUGGGGAAGGUGGGAGCAGCGAGCAAGGAGCAUCUGAAGAAGGCGGGCAGCCGCCGCAAGGAGGGCAGCAGCAAGGGCGGCAAGGGCGGCAGGAGGAGGUUAAAGCGCUGAUCGCCGCCAUCCGUGAAGCUGCCGUACGGCAAGCCGCGGAGCAUGCGGCGGCGGGAGGCGAGGAGCCGGCGCCUGUGGGGCCGGUGGCGGUGGUGGCGUGUAGUGCGGCUACAGGAGAGGGUCUACGUGAGCUCGCAGCGGCGCUGCAGCGGGCCCUACGUGUACGACACAUUGCCGAACCCGAUGUCGUACGACCCGCCCCGGACACGCUGGCCCUGGCGGCAAUGAUGGCGGCGGCGACGGCGGAGGGGGCGGUGACGGGUGGUGGCGUUACGGCAGGCGCGGACGCCGCCGCUGUUGCUGCUAGGGCGG